AUGGUGGUUCUUUCCCAAAGUGCAGUUGUUCCUCAGUCAUCUCAGUCCAAAUUCUUCGGGUGUCUUGCUCAAUGUGGUAUCGAGGUAAGGGUUUUGCGAGCUUUCUUCAUUUUUAUAUUGCUUUAGUUCGGACAUGAAAAGACUGAAACCUUGGUGUCUGGAGUGAAUUCGACGAGCCUUGUGGUAGAAGAAGCUGAUUUAGAAAAGGUAGGAGGUUUAAGACAUGAGAAUUCUGGCUUUUAUUUUUUUUAUUAACGUUCUUUUGUCUUUUUCUGUCUAAUUGUCCAGUAUAAUAUAAAUUUUUAUUUUUUAGUGCAUGAAAAUCUGUCGGACAGCUGGAGAAUCGCCGAAGAACGAAUCCGGAUUUGCUUAUGAUUCUCGAGACGGCUUCGAUGAUAUUGAAUUGACCUGUGUCAACAAAUUAACUCUAUUUCCGCCAAGAGUUCAGGCCAAGUUUGAUUUGCAAAGCCAUGAAUCAAGCCUUCUCCGUGUGAUUGAGGUGUGGAGGACAUUUGCUUUCAAAGACGGUCACCUCAACAAUAGUCUGGUCUCUCGGAAAUACGUAAGAUUUUUUAUAUUAUACUUGACAUUUUUUGGUCGAUUAAAAAUGUUCCGAAAAUUAUUUUCAGACCUUUUCUUCGCGAUUUGAAGUCGAUUACGAGUACAGUAAUGUCCAGGAAAAGGAGUUUUUGACCGUCAGAGCCUUCUCUUUUGAUCAAAAUGGGUUGGCCCGGAGACCUCAAUGUUCUGGGGAAAUAACCCCCGAAAGUCUGUUCAAUAGUCGAAGAGAUGUCCUCCAAUUGAAACUGGUCGAUUUUUCGGCCAACAAGAGUGUUGCCUUGAUUGAAUGGAAUGGAUAUGACAGCAGAUAUCCAGCAGAAUGCGAGCAUUUUGUCAGCUGGAGCAGUGGGAGCGAAUCGAUGAUAGAAAUGAUUGAAUUUGUAAGGUUCUUUCUGCUUUUCAUGCCUAAUAUAGGGUUCAAUGGAAGAUAAAAUACGUCUAGGCUUCGUUGAAUGCUGUGUUUGAUCAGUUUUGAUCUUAUUUUAGCUUAAACGGACCUUGUUUCAGGAUUCCUCUCAUCGAUUCGCAGUCCCUCUACGGUCUGAUCCCAAGACUCGCACUCAUGUCAUAACGGUAUAUUCCAAGUCCGAAUCUGCAUUCUCCGACCGUCGUCAGUCCGUUUUGAAUAUUGAUUUGGACAACAAUCAUCUGGUGAAGGCGGCUUCUUCUAGACGAGGAGUACCUUUCAAUUGGGAGAUUCUGAUCGUAAUUGGGGUAGCGAUUGUGAUCAGCAUCAUCUUUCUUUGUGUUUUGUCAAAGAUGAGGGAAGAGCAAAGAAUUCAGAGGGAGAAAAUGGAAAAAAGAAAAAUCCCGCCGAUCCAUAAUGUUUAUGAGAAGGAUUCUGAUGUAAUCGCGGAGAUGUUGACGCCCAUUCGGCAUAAGGAUGUAAGUUCGAGGCGGUUUGUGAGAUUUGAUGAGAUGAGUAUUGAGAAUUUUUUUAUUUUUGCCCAUGUCUUCAUGAAUAAUAUAAAAAUUUUAAAUGUAAUGGCCGAAAUGUUUAACCAAUAAUUUCUUUAACGUUGUUUAUAACGUUCAGUUGUUUUUUGCCAUUUGAGAUACUCUUAAUAUUAUUUAUGGUCUUCCACAUGGAUAAUAUAAAAUUUCUCCCAAAUUUUUGUAUUCACUCCAAAUUCCUUCCUGAUCACUUUUAUUGAUAGGUGGUAUCAUAUUUCAUAAAUUACAUUCAUAUUUACUUUUUCAGCGGCUCAAUUAUCACUACGAUAACACCGUGGAUUCCCCCAUCCUGCCCGAUUUCUCCGAGGCCUCCUCCCCUUCGCUCCCUUUCCAAACCAGAAUCCUCCCAUUCCAAAUGGAUGCCACCAAUCUGACCUGGACCAAGUCCGCGCCCUGCCAAUUCCAAGUCUGA